CACCUUUGUAAGGUUUCAAAAUUUGUAAAUAAACAAGGAGGAUGUGCAUUUAAAAUUUUUAAUCCAUCUAAAAUAUACGAAUUUUCUAAAGACAUCUCUUAGUAAAAUGGAUAUUUUACAUCCUCAUCUUCUCAGUAGACAGCAGCUCUUGGAUAUUUUUCGUCAGCGCCACAUUUCGAUUCCUCGCCUGGAGGAAUCGUCCCGUGAUGAACUAAUCAGUCUCUACACGAAAUAUCUCCUCCCCUUGCCGCGGCGAGGAGCUUCUACCAGUAACGCCGCCGAUUGUUCCUCCCAUAAUCCGCCAGAUGUGGAAAUGAGAGACGACGCCCUCCCGAAAAGCACCGCACCAAACGGCGACAUCCGAAGGUCAAACGUACGACAAAGGAUCGUAUACUCGGAAAGUCCCGUGGACAAUGUUAGUCAUGGCAUGAAAAAAAUCAAGUUAAUUAACAGCGGCGUUGGGGGCGCUGUCGCCAACAGUUCCAAAACAGUUGUGGCGAAACGAACCCUGGAGGUUAGUCCCAGUAAGAGCAAUUCGAAUGGCAGUGCGAUCAGUCCUGGCCCUAGCAAGCGACAAAAGAUUACGUGGCCGUAAUGACGAACCGAAAUUGAGCAGGAUUUUGCAAACUAAAGUAUUGGAUACAUACGCUUUGAGAGGUAAUUUUAAGUAAUAAAGGUAAUUAUUAACAUUU